AUGGAUGAAUAUGAUGAUGGACAAAUGAUAAUAGAUGGAGGCUCAUCGUACCAACCUCAAUCAGAGUUUAUAAAAGAAAGUGGCAGAGAUAAUGAAGUAGGUGGUGGUGGAAGUAGCCAUCCUCAUCAUAACCGACAACAAGGCGAUGGUAGUGGUAUUGUUGAUAGUAGUGGCAUAUACGAUGAAAAUUUCUUUCCUAGCCCAACACAUCCACAUCACCACCAUAAAGGUGGACAUCAUAGACAACAACAACAAAUUGACAAAUUAGUGGAUCAAGAGUUUUUUAACGAUUUUCCUGAUGAUUUUGAUGAUGAAGAUUUAAGUUAA